CGCAUUCGAACCCAACUUUUCCCCUCAGUCGGCGCAGAAUUCACUCGCUCUCCGUCCGCCAUGUUGGUGAGGGCGUUUGCGGCGCUGCGGCGGGCUCUCUCUCGCCGCCUGGGCCUCGGUCCCGGGAAGAGGAGGCUGAGCGGGGAAGGUGGAGGGCAAGCCGCCGCCGCCGCCGCCGCCGCCGCCACAAACUGCUUCCCGCUGAACCGAGCACUUCUCCGCCUCCGAGGCCCUGAGGCGGCGACCUUCCUUCAAGGGCUGCUGACCAAUGAUGUGACGCAACUUACGCCGCCGGGGGGCGGGGUUUCGUCGGCGCUUCCUCGCGCGCUUUACGCGCACGCGCUCAAUGUCCAGGGGCGUUGUCUCUAUGACGUCAUCCUGUACAGGAUUCAAAAGAACUCGCAAGAAGAGCCUCACAUGCUGCUGGAAUGCGAUGCCACCGUCUUGGACUCCCUUCAAAAGCAUUUGAAAUUGUACAAGAUCCGGAGGAAAGUAAACAUCACUGCCUGCCUUGACCUCUGUUUGUGGGCUGUCGUUCCAGAGGAACCGUCUGAGGAAGCGUCCCGUAAACUCCAGCAAUGUGCCAACAAAGCUGUGGUUGUUACGCCUGACCCCCGAGUGGAUGUUAUGGGCUGGAGGCUGAUAACCAGCCAAGGCACAGACCCACUAGAGAUUGUUCCUGGAAGCCACAUAGGAAAGGUUGAGGAUUACCAUAGGCACAGGUACAAACAAGGCAUCCCUGAAGGCAUUAAAGAUCUACCUUGUGGAGUUGCUUUGCCUCUGGAAUCUAACCUGGCUUACAUGAAUGGCAUCAGUUUCACCAAAGGCUGUUAUAUCGGCCAGGAGUUAACAGCAAGGACCCACCAUAUGGGUGUAAUCCGUAAGCGCCUGUUGCCUGUAAGGCUCUCGUCUCCUGUGCCUUCUGAAAGUAUUCCUGAUGGUGCUGAAGUGCUAUCAGAAUCCGGAAAGUCCGCAGGGAAGUAUCGGGCUGGAGGAGACGAGUUUGGAAUAGCGUUACUGCGACUGGCUAACAUACAUGAACCGUUGCAUCUAAAAUUACCAGGUGAUUCCCGCGUGAGCCUCACUGCCUCCAUUCCAAAAUGGUGGCCCAAAUCUGUCAAUAAAUAGAGUGACUUUGCAUUAAACAUCAUCUGCCUUCCUUGUUGAAGAUUCCUGAUGGGAUUGAAGUUCAUUCACGUCUUACUGCUGUCUCUGUUUUAUGAUUCAGUAUGAGUGAAGAUUGUGAAGGACAGACCGUUUCUAGUGGAUUAUAUCCAUUUUCAUUUACAGGGUGGACCAGAAUUCCUGUGGUUCGUCGUCUUCUAUCUGGAGAGCUUGAUUUCCUUUUAGUCUUCUGUAACACCUAUGCUUUCCUACACUUUCAAAAUAACCAUCCCUUUUCUCAAUACAGUGGGCCCUUGAUAUCUGCUGGGGUUUGGUUUCUGGACCAUCUGUAGAUACCAAAAUCUGUAGAUGCUCACGUCCCAAUAAAAACAGUGGCACAGUUACAUGAUGUCCCUUAUAAUCAAGCAAGGUUUGCUUUUUGGAAUGCAUACAUCUGAACAUUUUCAAGCUGUGGAUGCUUGAAUCCAUGGAUAAAGAAUCUGUAGAUAGGGAGGACCAAGUGUAUCUCCCUCCCAGAAGGGUUCUGCAUGACAGGUAAAAAAGCAAGCUCUACACAUCCCAGUCAGUGUUACUGGAGCCUUGAGUCACACGGUAGCCUCUUAAUGUGACACAUUUAUUGAAGCUUUUGUAAUCUUAUUAUGGCCCUUGGUUACAACAGCAGUGCAGCUGUUUGCAUCUGGAAGGGCCCUUCCAAACCAUGCUCAAAACUCAGAGCAGCCUGAAAUAAAGAUCCUGUCUGCUGGCAUAGUUAUACCAGAAGAGUUGGCAGUCAUCUGGCAGAAGAAAAGGGGCUGCAGGCACUAUACUGAAGGUGGGUGGCAGGGAAAGUGGUCCCCAUUAGGAGAUGUAAGUGCCCUGCUGGUGCUCAAGCUCUCAGAAGCUGGCAAGGCAGGUCAGCUGCAGUCAAAAAGAUGACUUGUGCCAUGUAAAUGUUGGAAAUUACCAGUAGAAUCACAGCCUUAGAAACCCUGGUGCUGCAACAUCCUCACUUUUUCAUCGGAGUAAAUUACUGCAUCGCUGUUUUCAUUUUGCUCUCUGGCAGGGGCUGUUGCAGUCUGAACACUGAGCCAAGUAGUCACUUCUGCAGGAAGGGUAAUGGGAACUGUAUAAUACACAUUAUGUUAAGAGGUCUUGUAGCACCUUUCAGACUAAAUGAAAGAAGUUGGCAGCAUGAGCUUUUGUAGACCUAACUCUGCUCCCUCAGAUGCAUUUGGACACACCAAAUGCAUCUGAGGAAGUAGACUUAAGUCUACAAAAGCUCAUGCUGCCAAGAUCUCUACUGAUCUACAAGAUCUCUGUGCUGAUUUUUACAGGCUCACCUGGCUAUAUCUUUGUAUAAUAUAUGUGAUUUUUAAAAAAAAACAAAUUGCUAUCAAUUGGAGUCUGAAGUGUGUAAAUGCAGAGAAAGGUUUUUGCAGCACAGUGCAGUUGUGGAGGGGUUCAGCCACACCUUGGAUCAACACUGUUUUGGUGGAAUUGCACAAUGACUUUUCAGAUGAAAUACUAUAAUUUUAUUUUGAACAUAAAGUAUUCUUUCUCCUUAACCUGAGUGACAUAAAGGAAUUACAUUAAAGAGAAUCACUACUCUAA